ACAUUGCAUGCCAGCAACUGGAAAUCACCUUGGCCUCUGUGAUGUCCCUGGGUGCUCAGCGAUGGUGGCACCUCCUGGUCAUCUUGUGACCCCCACCUCCUGUCUGGCCAUGCUGACCACAGGAACGUGGGCAGUCCCCGAGCGUGACGAGGAAGAGAAAGAGGAAGGCUGCUGGCAGGGAGUGGGCUGGAGCUUGUCCUGCCGUGGUGACACGUGACAGGGCCAGCUCUGCCUGUGACAUUUGUGUGGACCCAGCUUGGGCAGAGGCUGCUUCACAGAGAUGUCCCGGUUGGUGUCUUCACUUCGCUCUGCUGCUGCUAGCGUCACCCUCCUGCUCAGCUGUGCCUGUCUUGGCUCGGCAGUGUUGUCCCCAAUGCGUAUCAAAGGGCGAGUCUUGAUCCCUCUCAACCCCAAAGAAGAAGCUAUGUGCCCCAGUGCCUCCAUGGAAGCUUUUCUCAACAGCACCCUCACCACCCGCCUCCUCCCUGCCGUCUACUCCGUGGUGCUGGUUGUGGGGUUGCCAGCCAAUGCUCUGGCCUGCUGGGUCCUGGUGACCAACUUCAGGAGACGUUCCAGCAUCCUCUUCCUGCUCAAUCUGGCCAGUGCUGACCUGUUCUUUGUGCUCCUGCUGCCUUUCAAGAUCUCCUACCACCUCUUGGGCAAUGACUGGCUCUUUGGGGACUACCUGUGUCGUACCUUGGUGGCCUUCUUCUACGGGAACAUGUACAGCUCCAUCUUCUUCCUCACCUGCAUCAGUCUGGAGCGCUACAUCUGUGUGGUGCACCCAUUCUUGUGUAAGGGCUCCAGCUGGACAUGGGUCAAAGCGGGUGUCUGUGUGGUAGUCUGGCUGGUGGUGGGCCUAGGCAUGAGCCCUCUGCUUUUGCGUCCUCAGACAAGUCACAUCUUGAGCCUGAAUAUCACCACAUGCCACGAUGUCCUGGGAAAGCAUGAGCACAUGUUGCUCAGCUACUAUUUCCUCUCCCUGGUGGGGCUGGGCUUUGUCUUGCCCUUCAUCCUCAUGACUGUCUCCUACAGCUGCAUCCUGGUGCGGCUACUACCCGAGAGGAGACGCUAUGGGCAGGUGCUAAGUGUCCUGGCCCUGGUCCUCCUGGUCUUCAUCCUCUGCUUCACCCCAAGCAACAUCCUGCUCUUCAUCCACUACAUGCUGGAGCCCACGGGGUGCCACAACCCCACCUACAUCAGGUAUGCCCUGGCUCUGGCCAUCGGCGCCUUCAACAACUGCUUCGAUCCCUUCAUCUACUUCUACGUCUCCCAGGAUUUUCGGGCCUGGGUCCAGGAUGCAUGUGGCUGCUGCCUGGGGGGGCUCAAGACCUUGUCAGGGAGGGCCUCGAAGAAGGCAGCCUUGCCCCUGAGGUCCAGUGAGGAGAGCCAGCUAUAGGCAGGGCUGGGGAGUGCUGGUUUGACUGAAAAUGGGUUAAUUUUCUUCAUGCGCUUAGAAAACUUUAUCUUUCAUAGCAAGCGUGCUCAUUAUUUGGACUUAGUUUGAGAACAAGAGAUAACACCCCAGCACAGAGCUAACGUUUUUAAUUGCUCUGGUCUGAAAGCAAAGGAUGUUCUGAGCGCUCUGCCCACAGGUGUGAUGCAGCAAGGAAGGGAGGCAUGGAUGGGGUGGAGCUUGACUGACAUCCAGACUGAUUAAUUAGAGUAUUCCAUCCCAUUGGCGUCAUGCUUCACAUUUAAGGAGUCAGGACCUUCUGGGUGGCUCUGCUCACUCUUUUGGGCAUUCUCGCUCUUGCUUGCUCUGGGCUGCGGCCGGGGGAGUUCUGUGUGGGACAUUUAGUUUGGCCUUUUGCCAUUCUGCAGAGGCCUCUGAGCCUUUCUGCCUUUUCCCUCUUUCUUAUCUCUUUGGGGUCAGCUGUUGGGACCAGGUUGUUUCGUGGGACUGGCUGCUCAGCAUGUUCAUGAGGAAUUGCUUUGACUAUUUUUAAUUUCUAUUUUAUAUAUAUAUUUACAAGUAGUGUAUUAGUAUUUUGUUAUUUUAUUAAACUGUGUUUAUCU